GCGGGGUGCAGCUGGAAGGAUGCUACUGUCGCCCGUGAUGUAUCUAUCGCCGGCAGGACGUAAAUGGACUAUUGACGGCGAAAAGAGAAGAGGAAUUAGCGAGAAAGGCCUGUCGCCGUGAGCUCCAAAGAUGGCCAGGCUCGCCGACUACUUUGUAGUGGUCGGUUACGACCUCGACAAGCGAGUGGAUGGUGAAGGUCAAGGUCGCAUUCUCCAGCGGUUUCCUGAGAAAGACUGGGAGGACAGCCCGUUCCCACAAGGCGUAGAGCUGUUCUGCCAGCCCAACGGUUGGCAGCUGGUUCCCGAGCGGCAGCCCGCCUCCUUCUUCGUAGCGGUUUUGACUGACAUCAACUCGGAGCGUCACUACAGUGCCUGCUUCACCUUCUGGGAGGGUCUGGACAACUCGCAGCUGCAGAAGGCGGAGGCCAGCGAGGUGGAUGAAGCCGACGAGGUGGUGGCCGUCGUCCAACCUGCUCAGGUUUUUGCCCCCAAGAGCCUGGUGCUGGUGUCCAAGCUGGACUAUACCGAGGCGUUCAGGAACUGUCUGGGUUUGAUCUACACCGUCCAUGUAGAUAGCCUGCCUGUCCCCUUGGAAACUGUGAUAGGAAACCUCCUCACGUGCGUCAUCCCCAUCGCCGGAGGCUCCCAGAUAAAUGAGUCCCCAGUUUGUAGUUUAGACAAGGUUCCUCAGGUGCUGGCCUGUGACUGGCUGCUGGCCUGUCUCCAGCCGGGCCAGGAGGAGAGAGAGGAGAGUUUGCGGACAAUUACAUUAGGCGCAGGUGAUCGGCAAGUUAUCCAGACUCCCAUGAAUGACUCCCUACCCGUCAGCGGCAGCAGCGUGGCUCAGCUCUUCAGACAGCUCGGUAUAAUCAAUGUGCUGUAUCUGUUCUGCGCCGCUCUGACGGAACACAAGAUCCUGUUCCUGUCCAGCAGCUACCAGCGACUAACAGACGCCUGCCGGGGGCUGCUGGCCAUCAUGUUCCCCCUCAAGUACAGCUUCACAUAUGUCCCCAUCCUGCCGGGGAAACUCCUGGAGGUCCUGAGCACCCCCACUCCCUUCAUCAUCGGUGUCAACUCAUUCUUCCGCUCCGAGACGCAAGAACUGUUGGACGUGAUCAUCGCUGACCUGGACGGCGGCACAGUGACCAUCCCAGAGUGCGUCCACAUCUCCCUGCUGCCUGAACCGGUCCUCCAGCAGACCCAGACUGUGCUCUCCAUGGUUUUGGAUCCAGAGCUGGAAAUCGCUGAUCAUGCCUUCCCCCCGCUGUCCACGCAACCCUCCAAACUCAAGAUCCAGGAUAAGGAGAUCCGGGGAGUCUUCUUGUGGCUGUUUGCUCGGCUCUUCCAGGGCUACCGUUGGUGUUUACACAUCAUCCGCAUUCACCCUGAACCAGUGAUCCGCUUCCAUAAGGCUGCCUUCCUGGGCCACAGAGCGCUGACAGAGGAUGACUUCCUGGUGAGGGUUCUGGACGGCAUGGCGUUCGCAGGCUUCGUGUCAGAGAGAGGUCCUCCGUACAGAGCCACGGAUCUGUUCGAUGACCUGGUAGCCAAUCAGGUGGAGCGGAUACGACAAGAGGAGACCUGUCCGCACAAAGUCAUGAACCACGUCAAAGAGCUGGCUGAGUUGCUCUUCAAAAACGAGAACCCUUACCCGUCUGUGUCCAUGCACAAAGUCCAGCGGCCGUCAGAGAGCAGCCAGAACUCAGCGCAGAUUCGGCCGCCCUUCCCCGCUCUGGACGAGGUGGCGGUGCAGCUCUUCAUCGACCAUGCAGCCGCCAAGCUCAAGACCGCACCGCCCGUGGUCAAGGCGGAGGUCAAGGACAUGGUCCCGUCCGGGCCCCCACUGGGAGACUUUGUGGACAGGAACGGCAACGUGAUGGCCAACAGCGCCCGAAGGCUGGAGGUGGUCCGGAACUGCAUCACAUACAUCUUUGAGAACAAGAUGCUGGAGGCCAAGAAGCUGAUGCCGGCCGUGCUGCGGGCGCUGAAAGGUCGGGCGGCUCGAGUUUGCUUGACGCAGGAGCUCAAUCAGCACGUCUUACAGAACCGGGCGGUGCUGGACGACCAGCAGUUUGACUACAUCGUCCGCAUGAUGAACUGCACCUUACAGGACUGCUCACAUAUUGAUGAACAUGGGAUUGCUGCCGCCCUCCUCCCAUUAGUCACAGCCUUCUGCAGAAAAUUGGGAGCAGGCAUCACUCAGUUUGCCUACAGCUGCGUACAGGAGCACACGGUCUGGACCACCAUGCAGUUCUGGGAGGCCAUGUUCUACAGCGACGUCCAGAACCACAUCAAGGCUCUGUACCUGGAGACAGAAGACCAGCAGAACAACUCGGUGAGCUCUCGCACAGAAACGAAUGAUAAACUGCCGCUGUCACCUUUUUGUCCGGAGAUCAUUAAUCCUAACCCGCUCGGUCCUCAGGAGCAGCAGCAGGACGGCUCGGAGAUCGGCGCCCUGGAGCUGGCGUCGGAGCAGAACCGCAUGUGGCCGACGCUCAGCAAGGAAAUGCAGACGGAGCGCGUGCAGAAGGAGGAGAGCACGGUGUUCAGCCAGGCCAUCCACUACGCCAACAGGAUGAGCUACCUGCUGCUGCCGCUGGACACCAGCAAGAACCGGCUUCUCAGGAGCACGGGCCUGGGAGACGUGGAGAGCGUCAGCAACAGCUACGUCACCAACAGUAUCGCUGGCAGCAUGGCGGAGAGCUACGACACAGAGAGCGGCUUCGAGGACGCCGAGAGCUCAGACGUGGCCAACUCCGUGGUGCGCUUCAUCAACCGCUUCGUAGACAAAGUGUGCAACGAGAGCGGCGUGACCAACGAGCACCUGAAGGCUCUCCACACCAUGAUACCAGAUAUCGUUCAGAUGCACAUCGAGACGUUAGACGCAGUCCACAGGGAGAGUAAGCGACUGCCACCGAUCCAAAAGCCCAAGCUGUUGAGGCCGACCCUGUUGCUGGGAGAGGAGCUGGUGAUGGACGCCAUGCGGGUCCACCUGAUCUCAGACGGGCGCGAGGAGGCCACGGGGCUGAUGGGAGGUCCGCCUCUGCUUCCUGCCGAGGGAGCCAUCUUCCUCACCAACUACCGGCUCAUAUUCAAGGGCACGCCCACCGACCCGCUGGUGGGCGAGCAGGUGGUGACUCGUUCCUUCCCCAUCGCCUCUCUGACCAAGGAGAAGAGGAUCUCCGUCACUUUACCCAUGGACCAGUUUGUCCAGGAGGGGCUGCAGCUACGAUCCUGCACCUUCCAGCUGAUGAAGAUCGCGUUCGACGAGGAGGUGGCGUCGGACCUGGCCGAGGUCUUCAGGAAGCACAUGCACAAGCUGCGUUACCCUCAGCACGUCCAGGGCACGUUUGCCUUCACCGUGGGUCAGUGCGGCAAGCUGGUGGUGGAGCACAAGACCAAGGACAAGAACCAGUCUCUCAAGACACUUUCCAAAAACCUGGUGAAGAGCGCCAAGAAGACCAUCGGCCGGCAGUACGUGACCAAGAAGAAGUAUUCUCCUCCUACCUGGGAGAACCGCAGCAGCUUCCAGUCUGAGCUGGACGAGGACGAAAUCUCAGUCUCAGAGGAGAUUGACCAGAGCUCCCUCACCCUCUCCUCCACCAUACGCUCCUCGGACAGACAGACCAUGAGCAACGUGGUCGAGCGAGCCUGUUGCCGCGAUUACCAGCGCCUGGGCCUGGGCACGCUCAGUAACAGCCUGACCCGCUCCAAGAACGAGCCCUUCAGGAUUUCUACCGUUAACCGCAUGUACACGGUCUGCAGGAGCUACCCCGGUCUGCUGAUCGUCCCACAGAGCAUCCCGGACUCCACCCUCCAGAGAAUCUGCCGCUGCUACCGGCAGAACCGCUUCCCUGUGGUUUGCUGGAGGAAUUCAAGAACCAAGGCUGUCCUGCUGCGCUCUGCAGGCCUCCACGCCAAGGGGGUGGUGGGCUUCUUCAAAUCCCCCAAUGCCACCAGUUCAGUUCCCUCCCAGGCAGACUCCACCAGUCUGGAGCAGGAGAAAUACCUGCAGGCCAUCAUCAGCUCCAUGCCCUCCUACAGCGAGAACAGCGGCAGGAACACACUGAGCGGCUUCACCUCCACACAUAUGAGCACCUCAGACUCGUCAGAUAAGCUGAGGCAGCCAAAGAUCGGAGCUCUGAUGAAGCAGGUGAUGAUGGGCAACAAGGAAGACGUUCCUGGAACCUUCAGCAGAGGAGCUCUGGGUCAAAGGGCGAAAGUCAUCUCCCUCUCUCAGCCCAAAGUGUCUGGCAAGGCCAGGACCCCUAAUAGAGGUAAAUGGGGCAGUAUCCGGGGCAGCGGGCGUCUAAGUGCCUACAACCCAGACGUGGGGACGCGUCUGGCGGGGAAAGAGUCUCCGCAGCCCAACGGAGGGCCGAGCGAGGCGCUGUUCUUCCGCCAGCAGAAGGCCUACCUCUACAUCAUCGGAGACAAGGCUCAGCUCAAGGGAGGGAAGCAGGACUCGUUCCAGCAGUGGGAGGUGGUCCCCAUCGAGGUGUGUGACGUACGGCAGGUAAAGAACAGCUUCAAGAAGCUGAUGAAGGCCUGUGUGCCGAGCACCACAACCACCGACCCCAACAUGAGCUUCCUGCGCUGCCUGGAGGAGUCUGAGUGGAUGACCCUGCUACACAGGGUGCUGCAGGUGUCGGCUCUGGUGGUGGAGCUGCUGGAUACAGGCUCGUCAGUCAUGGUGAGCCUGGAGGACGGCUGGGACGUCACCACACAGGUGGUGUCCUUGGUUCAGCUGCUGUCCGACCCCUACUACCGAACCUUCGACGGGUUCCGGCUGCUGGUGGAGAAGGAGUGGCUGUCGUUCGGACACAGAUUCAGCCACCGUGGAGCGCAGACGCUGGCCAGCCAGAGCAGCGGCUUCACCCCCGUUUUCCUGCAGUUCCUCGACUGUGUGCACCAGAUCCACCUCCAGUUCCCCAUGGAGUUUGAGUUCAGUCAGUACUACCUGAAGUUCUUGGCCUACCACUACGUGUCCAACCGUUUCCGCACCUUCCUGCUCGACUCGGACUACGAACGCAUCGAGCUGGGAAUUCUGUAUGAGGAGAAAGGAGAGAGGAAAAGCCCUCAGGUGUGCAAGUCCGUGUGGGACUACAUCGACAGACUCAACAAGAAAACACCCAUUUUCUACAACUACAUGUUCUCUCCUGAAGACGAUGAGGUGCUGCGGCCGUACACCUUCGUCUCCAACCUGAAGGUGUGGGACUUCUACAUGGAGGAGACGCUGUCAGAGGGGCCGUCCUACGACUGGGAGCUGAGGGGCCGGCCGGACCGCGUGUCGGAGGAGACGUCCGACAAACCCGACACCAGCGGGCCAAAGUCGCAGCGGCGCAUCGUGUGGCCGUGCUACGACAGCCUGAGCAAGGUGGUGCCCGACGCCAUCACCAAGCUGAUGCAGGACCUGCAGAGUCUGGAGGCCGAGCUGGGACAGACAUCGGAGAAGUGGAAGGACAAGUGGGACAAGAUGAAGACGGCGCAGCGGACUGAGACCAAACUGGAGAGCAAGCCAUCGUUCUCCAGCUCCCUUCUCAUGUCAUCCAACCUGAGCCACCAGCGGCGCUCUCAGGGUGUCUACCUGCAGGAGAGCGGCGUCGGUUCCUCCAUCAACCUGGCUAUGGACUGCGAGGCCAGCGCCACCUCCACGCCCGUCGGCGGCCGGCCGAGCACCAGCACGCUGUACAGCCAGUUCCAGAGCACCGAGAGCGAGAACAGGAGUUUUGAAGGCAUCUUGUACAAGAAAGGGGCAUUGUUGAAACCAUGGAGACCGCGGUGGUUCGUGCUGGACAAGACCAAACAUCAGCUGAGAUACUACGAGACCAGGCAGGACAAGGACUGUAAAGGCAUGAUCGAGCUGGCCGAAGUGGAGUCCGUCAUUCCAGGAGCGUCUGCCAUGGGAGCUCCCAAAAACAUUGAUGAGAAAGCCUUCUUUGAUCUCAAGACGACCAAACGAGUGUACAACUUCUGUGCACAGGACAGUGCGAACGCACAGCUGUGGAUGGACAGUGUUCAGAGCUGCCUGUCAGACGCCUAAAAAAAAGAUGCGGGACUCUUUACAAAAAAUAAUUAAAAGGAGCGAUGCAACCAAGGAACGGAUGAGCAGUGACGGGCAUCUCUGUCAGCCAAUCCCCAAGCGGAACAGGGAGAGAGGAGGGUGGGGGAGGGGGGGAAAGGGGCCUUUCACCACUUAAAGCUCUGUUCUGUGCGCUAGUGUUGAACUAAUACUUCAUGUGUCACAACGUUUCAGUGUUUUUGUUAUAAAAAAAAGUAAGAAAAAGACAAAAAAACAACAACAAACAAACAAACAGAUGUCCCUGAAGAACCACUCGCUGUUGUCUCAUCAUGUAGCUGCAGCCUCCCACCUCCCCGACAGUCUGACCACUUUCAAAAUAAAAUACAAUGCAUGUCGUUGCAUUUGUGAGCGGUCCUGCAGCUCAAGACACAGCAUGAAGAUCUAUUCCAGACCCUCCACCUGUGCAAAAAAACCACAACCCCUCCCUUCUCUGCUUAACCCUGCUCGCCAUGUUCAAAACACUCCGGGGGAGGAAUGACGGACGAGCUGCAGUCUUUAGCCGGAGGACUCGUUAUAAGACUGGAAACGGAUCUUUAAAUAAAACAAAAACAAACAACUUUUAUUUUGGCGGGUUGAAGGACCAAAGCAACCCAGCAGCGAGCGCUCAUCCUUCUGGUCUCAAGAGGUCUCGGCUCUUUCUUGCCUCUCACUGCCUGAUGUAGCCCCGUUUGCAGUAUAUUUAGAGGAAGUUUUAGGGGAAGUGGAGCGCAUUGCAGCACGUGCAACAAAAGAGGGGGGGGGGGGAGAGAGAACAGGGGGGGUGCUCCUAAACGGUUCAUGAAGGAUUUCCUUUUUUUAAAAUUUUUCCACACACAUAAAACAAAUCUCAAACUAGCACGAGAAGGAGAUCAACAUCAUCAGAGAGCGGCAGGCGUUGAGGAUUUAUAUAUAUAUAUAUAUAUACACAUAUAUAUAUAUUACUGUGAAAGACACGAAUCAGUCGCAGAGAUCAAACAGAGCGCCAGUCGGAGAUUACAGUCAGCGUGCAUCGAGUGUUUACAAAGCAGAUAAAAAAAACUUGCCCCUCACUAAGCUAAACUCUGCUCCUCACCUGCCUCUUCUCAACCAACACAACCACUAUUCACAUUCAGUUUUUUUUUUUUUUUUUGAAGGGAUGCUGAAGGAAAAAGGAGGGAUAUAUUUUGUUGUGAUGUCUUACAAAAAACAAAUCUAUAGAAGGAGAUCCGGAAGUUAGGAGACUAAUGAACUGAGGGGGUAUUAAUGGGAGAGACUACAGUUUGUUUGAGAGAGAUGGACAGGAUAAAUGUGUGUAUUUUUUUCACUCUUGGGGGGUCUUGAUGUCAUAAAUGUGUCCUGUGGGUGUUGCUGACUUUGCCAUCGCCACCUUUUUGUGGAGGUGUGAGGAAACAUGACUCAGCAAAAAUAACUUCUAGCAACACAAGCCUCUUUAAAAGUUACAUUUCACAUUAAGUUAUUUUGAACGCUACCUAUUUCAAACUACCUAUUCAUCUGCAGUAUUAAACAGUUCUAUCAAAUGGAAGCAUACAAAGCACGAUUCUACUUGUAGUUUUGGUUACUGUAUGGAGAGCUAAUAGUAUUGGUUUUGCUCACCACUCUUUCGCAGUUAGACUGCAUUUAAACCGGUUUCUUAUAUUAUUUUGCUUCUUCCAAGUUUCUUGAACCUCUACGAUCAAAUGUGGCGAGUGUAAAGUCAGUCUGAAUGGAUACAGUUAUGAAAACAGGUCUAUGGAAGAUUGAAAAGUAGUGGAAUUAACCCUUUAAUGAUGUCGGGACAGGGGAAAGUCACUCAAAAACGUCUGCGAGCGCCGAUCAGGUUAACACUCAUAAUCAUUACAUUACCACACUUAUUGUGAGGGAUGUGUUGAGACUCACCGCACCUGUUUUCAGACCUGUGUUGACACCAGUGUUUAAGCGUUAGCGCCUGUUGUACAUAGACGAGACUGUUAUAGUUAUAGAGAUUCAGUACGUUCAACUGGAAGGUUUCAAACAUCAAGUCAAUUUAAAAAAAAAUUUUUUUUAAGGUUUGCCCCCCCCUCACCCUCCCCCCCACACAAAACCACUCUGACCCACACACGUUUAACACACACCCUACUCUGUAAAAUAUGGUUAUACUGCUGUCUUUGUUGAAGAUAAAAAAUUUGAAAUUGUAGAUUUUUUUUUUUUGUGUCUAAUAACUCCUUUGUAUAUACUACUCCAGAUUUGUAUGUAACGUUUAUGGUAGUAAUUUAUUUAACUUGUCUCCUCAGUAAAGAAAGUUCCUCAAGCACCACUUUAUUUUUAAAUUAGGAAUUCAAUGUGCCAUUUUGUUUAUUUUCUGUAUUAAUGUGACUAAUGCUUUUUUUUUUUUGGAAAAUGUACAAGUAAACCCUCAAUGUCUUUUUUUUUUUUUUUGGUUAAUACGGUUGUCCUUACUCAACACCAACCGUAUGCAAGAGUGGAAAUGGUGUGUUUGUGAAAGAGGAAGCCUCUGGGCUUUUAUUUUGUUUUUUUUAAAAGGCUGGUUGGAUUUUACUGUGUUGCUCACCCACAGUGCUGCGAUGUUGUGGAUGUAGAUUACUGUGGAAAUAAACGGGAUACGUCGAGUCUUAA